AUGAAUGGUCUAUUCUGGAAUAUUAGAGGGAUUGCAAAUGAUCCCUCUAUCACUUGUCUGAUAAAACUUUGCAAACUGUAUAAGUUAGGUGUAGUAGCAGUUUCUGAACCCAUGAUUGGGGAUGAUAGACUUUCCCAGAUUUCCAAGAGACUCAAUAUGACUGGUUUUAUGGUGAAUAUCAGUAGUAAAAUUGUUCUUUUUUGGAAUAGCCUUUUCUCUGUACAGUUGAUUAAGGACUGUGAUCAAAUCCUAUCGGUGAAAGUCACCACCACUACCAAUGAGAGCUUCGCUCUUUCUGUGGUUUAUGCCAAAUGUGAUCGGAUGGAAAGAAUGUCUCUUUGGGACAUAAUUUGGAACUUAGCCUCUCGUAUUUCUAAACCCUGGUUGUUAGCUAGAGAUUUUAAUGUGAUCACUUGUAAAGAGGAGAAAGUGGGGGAAAGAAAUCCUAAUGUGUCUACAAUGGACGAUUUUGUGGAUCUAAUAAAUGUCAUAGGCCUGGUUGAUUUGGGUUUCUCUGGAAGCAGAUUCACUUGGUGUAAUAACAGAGAGGAAUUGGACUGUGUUUGGGCUCAUCUGGAUCGAGUUCUGGUAUUUUGGAAUGCUCAUCAGGCUAUCAAGGAGGCAGAAGACAGGGUUCAACAGGCUGAAUUGAAUCAUUUAAAGAUGAACUCUGCUGCUAGAUUCAUGGAGUUAAGGGAGGAGAGGAAGAAACUUCAUGAAGUUCACAAAUAG